UGUAUAAAUUUUUGUUCAUUAAAGAAAGUUAGAAAGAAAAAUUCGAUUUAAUUAUAAUAAAAGUAAAAAUUUUUAUACAAUUUAUGUAUAAAUGGAAAGUAAAAGUGUAAAAAAAGGUUUAAAAUAAAAUUUAAGUGAGUUUAUUUAAUUAUUAUAUAAAAAUAGUAGAAAAGAAUGUUUCAUAAUUGCCAUUUCAAAACUAGAUUGAUUAAAAACAGGUGAAGAACAAAUUCUUAUUCAAUAGUAAAAGAUUAAAAAAUUUUAACGUUUGUGUCAAAUCGGAAGAUUAUACAAUGAGCUACACUCCUAAACAAGGGAAUUCUAGUGGUAGUGGUGGAGGAAAUGUAAAUCCAAAUCAGAUAAAUCAACAAGCCAAAGCUACUCUCGCUGGUAUUGCGAAUAUGCAACAGCAAAUGCAAAACUUAGUAAAUCAAAAUCCCCAAAAUCAAUCUUUAAACGCAUUUUUUAACUUGCAACAACAAAACUUGUUAAAACAACAAAUGCUUCUGCAAAAUACUCAGUUCUUACAACAACUGCAACAACAGCAACAACAACAACAGCAACAGCAGCAACAACAACAGCAACCGCAACCUCAAUUGCAACCAAAUUUAACUGGUAAAGAACCUCUGGCGUUGACUAGAACACAAAAUGCCGCGGAUAUUAUCAACAAAACUUUUCAACAACAAGCAAAUGGUAGUGCUGUGGGAUCUAAUUUAGGUAACGUAGCGCAGUUUUCACAUUUACAAGCCUUUGCUCCAAAUACAGCAACAGCAAACUUGAUGCAACAUUUACAAGCUUAUCAAUAUCAAAUGCAACAACAGCAGCAAAAUCAACCACAACAUCAGUCUCAUCAACAAACAAACAAAAUGCAACAGCAAUCAUACACAGGUCAACAAAAUACACCAGGACACCAUAAUCAGCAGCAAUACCAACAAAACUAUCAACAACAACAACAAAAAUUUGGACCCGGGUCCUCAAAUUCGCAAUCCCAAGCACCAGUCUCGCAGCAAUCGCACCAACAACCUCAACAACAAUCGCAAAAUAAGAGUACGCCAAAUUUGGGUAAUCAAAUAACAAAACCACCAAAUUUGCCAGCUGCCACGCAAAUAACUCCCAUUCCUCCAUCAACCUCUCAGCAGCCACAAUCAAAUAAUUCACAGAAUAAAAGUCAAACAAAACCUCAAGUAACGAUGACACCGACUACUGUUGGGAAAUCAAAUACACAGCAUUCUUCAAAUAAACCAGCAGGGGGGCAAUCUUCUUUUAUAGGAAAUCGGGCUAUAGCCAGUCCGUAUGGUAAGAGUUCACAUGGACAUUACCAAAAUUCCAGUACCUUGAAUUACAAAACUGGUUCUUCAAAAUUACCACCGCCAACGCAAAUUACUGCGGUUCCGCUUACAAAGCCUACUAUUGCUACAAGCUCUCCAAUCAAAACUUCUAUGCCAACAGUAUCAAAUGCUUCUUCUCCUAGGUCAGGACAUACUCCUCCAGCAGUCAAUAUUCCUCCUAAGUCGAUUACACCCCCCGUUUCCGUUAUCCCAUCAAGUGUUACACAGUUAACCCCCAAAGGAAUAUCUAUAACGCCUUCAAAACCCUCGACUGGCACUCCAAUUCCCACGUCUAUACCAGCACCAAUUCCGGCAGCUGUUGUUGCUACAAGCGCAACUUCGACAUUAAGCGUACCACCCCCAAUCCAACAGCCUGUGCAUCCAAUAACACCUGACAUUUUAAGUUCUGGAGCUUUAAAUACACAAAAACCUCCGUCAUCUCCUAAAUCAUCAGAGGUGUCUAUUACACCCAAAAAUGAAAAUGCAACACCAAAUACUGUUGAAACUUCAGCAUCAUCUUUAACGAAAACUGAGAUGCAAGAAAAAAAAGAGGAGGAAUCUAUAAAAGGUAAAAGCACCAGCAAUGAAAAUAAUGAAACUAAAGCAAAACUUGGUGCAGAGGAAAAGCAAACACGUAUAAAUGAAAAAAACAAGAAAGAAGAAACAAAUUCCGAAACAAGUAAAGUCGAACCAACUAAAUCCUCUGAACAGGAGUCUGCGAAAGAUUCGCCAAAAAUUGCAGAUACGGAGAAAAAUAAUGAUAAAAGUGUAAUUGAAAAGAAAGUUGAAAAUAAAGCUGUAACAGAUAUUUCUAUUAGUAAGCUUGAUCAAAAAGAUAAAGAAGAAAAAUCGGUCAAAGAAAUCAAAUCAGAAAAACUUGAAGAUAAAAAAGAGGUUAAAUCUAUUGAAGCUAUUAAUAAUAUAGAAGACCAAAAGAAUAAGUUAAGUACUGAAGAUAAGCUGAAGUCAACUUCUCAUGCGCCAACAAAUGAGAAAAAAGAUGAGAUGAAAAAAUCUGAUCAGAGUUUGGAGAAAAGGGAAGUCUCUUCCAAAGACAACGAUGCAACAAUUGAGAAAGUCGUUAAAAAUAUAGAAAUUUCAGUUAAUAAUGUAAGCGAAAAACCUGUCGAAAAACCUUCGGAGGGGAAAACUGACGAAAGCUCUGCAGUGGAGAAAGAAAAAAAUGGAGCCGUUUUAUCUGAUUCGAUAGCAAAUAAAAAAGAUGAAUGUACAAAUCCAAAUAAUCAAACAUCAGUUGAUAACAAUAAACUGGUCGAAGCUGAAGAAAAAGUGCAAAAAACUGAAAAGCUAUCAAGUCGUAAUACGCAGGUUCAGCAGAAAAAUAAAAAUAUAGAAUCUGCAACAAAAACUGAAAAACAUAAACUAGAAGCAAAAAGAACAACUAAUCGAAUAAAGCCUGCAAAAUUAUCGACGCUUGCAGACUCCGAAAAUUCAAAGAAAAUUGAAAGUUCAAACACCGUAGAUUCAAAAGAUAAGGACAAUUUUUCUGAGUCAAAUAAAACUCAAGAAACAAUUUCCCAAGCGUUAGUAAAAUCAACACAUGGCGACUCCAUUUCAGUUGCAACGCCUUCGAAAAUUGAAACUCCAAAAGACGAAAGUGGAAGCAAUCGUACCAAACGUCAUCGCUUAAAAACUAUACUAUAUCAAAGCCCUCUGCCAGAACUAGCAUUUAUUACAAAAUUGUCCGCAAGUGAAGCGUCAAAUUCACCCAAACCUGGAGCAGGUAACGAAGAUAAAUUAGUUUUAUUUUAUAAAAAUGAGUAUCUUGCUGUACGAAAUGCGGAGGGAAGUUUCUUUUUGUGUCAAGCUUUACAUAAUGUUUAUAAAACAUCACCCAGAAUACGUAUUAGGUGGCUUUCCGAGGAAAAAUCAGAAACAAGUGUUUACAUUCCUGAUUUUUACGACAAUACCGAUAUUGAAUGCGUGUUAACAACCGUAGAUUUGAAUAAAGUGAGCAGGGAUCGGUUUAAGCUACCUGAACAUGAAAAGGAUCGGAUUGAAAAUAUAUUGAAAAAGGCAAUCGAUGUAGAAAAGGGGAUUUUGCCCAGACCAGACAUAACAGAAGAAAACCCAGAUGGAUUGGACAUCUCUCUUUAUACUGAUGAAUCUCAAAUUGAAAAGAAAAAAGGUAACAAUAAAUCUCCUCGACUAACCUCUCAAAGCAAAAAAGUGGCAAGCUCAAGCAAGAAAAAAUUGAAAUCAAAAAGUCCGUCAAAAUUAAAAUCAAAUUCAAAACGGAAAAGAAGCAACAACGAGACAGAUAAUAGCGAAGAUGAUGAUGACGAAGAAAAAGAUGAUAAGGAAUAUAAACCGAGUCAUAAAAAAAGAAUAGUAACGCAAAGUCAGCAAGGCCAAGGAGUUCGACGCCUUCAACGCUCCCCUCUAGCAAAAGCAAGAGCCGCCUCACCAAUUACACUCAAAAAACAAAUUUCCAAAGCAGUGCCUCAAAAAAGUUCUGAAGAAACCUCGGCGAGUAGUAGAGAAAUUAGAGCAGCUAAAAGAAGAGCAACGGAUUCAGGAAUUGAAGAUGGUACCAUAACUAAAAAACCUUCAAUAGCAAUCAGUAGAAAGCUUUCAGACAAAAGUAGUAAAACUUCCAAAACAGAAGAAAAUGUUGAACAAACCACUUUACCUGAUAACGAUCAAAGUGUAAAAUCUGGAGUUUCAAAGAGAACGAAAGUAUCAACACCAAGUAGCAGUACCAGUCCAGUAUCUGAAAAAACCUCAAAUAAUACUACAUCCUUAUCAUCAUCAUCAUCAUCUACGCAAGGGGCGACUCCAUCAAGAGCAACACGAAGUCGAAAAUAAAAGUACUAUAUAAAUAUUAAUGAAUAAACGCAUAAAAUAAUACAUGUUACUUAUAAAAAUUAAAAAAAAGAAGAGGAUAAUUAAUAAUUAUCGAAUUAAAAAAAAACACAGUACACAUAUAUACAGGCACACAAACAUUAACUGAAAAAUAAUUAAUAUCCAGCACUUUUAAGGAAUUUUUUAAGCGGCGAUUAUAAUUUUUUUUUAACAUAAAUAAUUAAAGAAAACAAGAUUAAUAUUAUUAAGUAUUAAAUAGACAUAAUAAAAUAAGAUAUCAAAAAUAUAUCUUAUAUAAUUCAUAAAAAAUAGAAUUCUAUUAUAUAGUUCAGUAAUCAUAACGAUAGUUUCAUCUUUUUGUUAAAUGUUCUUAGGUCUUACACACUGUAAUCGUUUAUUUUUAUAAAUUUUUUAUUUUUUAUUAUAUUUUUCGUUGUUAAAUAACAUUUAUUACUUUUUUUAUAAAUUUGAAAUACAGGAUUCAUAUAUAUAUAUAUAUAUAUAUGUACAUAUUAAAAGGCUUUAACACAAUCAAUUUUAACAGAAAACAGUAUUUAUAAUAAGAUUAACAACUGAAAAAUUGUGCUUUUCACUAAAUUUGAUCUUUAGGACUUUUGUUCAACGAUAAGUUUUCAUAAAACUAAAGAAAAUUGAUGUCCAGAAAAUACCGAUUUGUUGAUUUGUAAGUAGAUUUGAAAGAAGUCGAAAAUCCCAUUUACGAAACUUGUUAUGAUAUGUAUAUUUGUAAUAAAAUAUUUUAAUAACAGUCAUUCGAUUUUAGUUUAAACAAAGAAGCAAAGCUUUUUGUGAAAAUAAUAGAAUAUGAAAUACAUAAUUUUUUGUAAGUAAUAGUAACGUAAUUUUUUUUAUGAAAUAGUAACAUCAUUUUGCAAGAUUUAUUAAUUUUUGUUGUUCGUAUAGAAUCGAAAAUAAUUUUUUUUUGUCAGAAAUCUAAAAUCUUAAAAUUUAAAUAGGCAUACAAAAUAAUUUUGUUUUUUAACCUGAUAGAUUCUUUCAAUUAAAAUAUUGGUAAAAAAUCAACUCAAUCCAAACAGUGACAUCAAAAAAUUAUAAAACAAGAUAAGUUUUCAAUUUAAAACCUGCAAUUUUUUUUUAGUUUUGAGCACUUUUACACAAUUGUAUAAAAAGUUGAUAACUUAUAUAAAAAAAUGUACAUAUACAAAUACAUAUUUUGAAAUAAAAAGUAUAAAUGAAACAAUUGAUUGUGGAUUGAGCUCUUCAACAAAGGAUCUCAAGGAAACUAAUUGAAAUAAAAACUAUGAUUUGUUAUGACAAAAAGAAGGAAAAUUGAGAAUAAUUUAAACAAAUAAAAUAAAUUGUAAUGAUAUUAUUUUGAUGUUUUAGAUAAAAUUUUAGGUAUAAAAGUAGUAAUAUUGACAUAUUACAUUUAAUUUCUUUGUUUGUUUUUUCUUACUUUGAAAAACGUGUUUAUAAAAAUUUCAAUAAAAAUGUAUGUAAUUUAUUAGAGAAUAUAUAUAUAUAAAAUAAUAGUUUAUAAUGAUAUAAAAGAAUUGUAAGUGAAUAUAAUAUUAAUUUCAAUUGUAGAGAAGUUUUUAAGUUAUUCUUAAUACAUAUAUGUAUGUUUUUUAAUAUAAUUUUUACUUUUUUAUAAUUUUUCGAUUGGAAUAAUCUGACAUGUGUAUAUUGCAUGCACUAUAUAUAUAUAUACCAAUAAAUCAAAAUCAUAUAAUGUUCUAUUGCAUGCAUAUAGGUUUUUAUGAAUUUGAUGUCUUCGUCAAUAAUGAAAUUCUAUAUGUUUAUUGAUAAAUUUUAAUUUAAUAAUUUGUUAUUAAAACUUUUUUUUUUAUUACAUGAUACGAUUUCGAGAAAAGAGUGCUAAAAGUUAAAAUAAAAAAAUUGAUAUACGCAUCAAAGAUCAAAGAAUAUCAAAAUGAAAAACAAAUAAAAAUAUAUAAAAUAAAAUAAUUUCAAAUUUCGGUUUAUCGAAAUUUUUCUACUUAUUACGAGAAUUCCAAUAAAUCUUGAUUGUAAAAAUAUAUGCAAAUAUUCAAUUAUUCUGCUCGAAUAUAUAACAUAUUAUUCUUCGAAUAAUCCAUUCUGUGUAUUUAAAAAACUGUUAAGUAUAAUCAAAAUUUAUUACAAAUACACAAUUGCAGAUUUCCAAAAAAAAAUUGUUUUUAUUGAGUUUAAUUUACAUGCGAGUAGAUUUCUUUUAGAUUUUAAAGAAAGCACUGAUCACAUUUUAAUAUUUCUGUUUUAUGUGUUUAUUUAAAUUAAAUAGAUUUGAAUGUGUAAUUAGAACAAUAAAAUAAUAUCAAUUUUUUCAAAAUCUGUUUUUAGUUAACUGCUGUUACACAAAAUCAAUUCAAAUUAGUUUUUAUUUCAUUAAAAGAAAUAAGAUUUUCCUUCAAUAUGCAAUAGAAGUAAUCUAAAAUUUUUUUUACGACAUUAAUUUUAAGUAAGAAGAAAUAUAGGUAUUCGCACAUAAUCCGUAAUUAGAAAAGAAAAUAUUGUAAUAUUUUGUUCAAAUUUAAGUUCAAUAUUUUAUUGUUGUACGUUUUAAAAUCUUUUCAUUAUUUCUUCAUUAUUAUUACUUUUAAUAAUAAUUUAAAAAUUUUUUUAAAGAUAAUUUGUCGAUA